UGAAUCGCAGAACUCUCAGCUAACUACUACUACUACUACUACUACUAAGUUGCCAAUAAACGCGGGUGUACGGCGUGAAUUUGUUGCCGGAAUUCAGCAUUUUUUCAAUCUUACUAUUGGUUCUCAUCUUUUAUACAAAUUUGAACGAUUACAAUAUGCUGAGCUAUUGAAACAUCAUACAGAUAAGAGAAUGUCAGAUAUUUAUGGUUCAAUUCAUUUGUUAAGGUUGUUUGUUAAACUCCGAGAUAUGGUGUCAUGCGUCCGAGUCGAUGAGCAUAGUCUCCCUAUGCUAGAAGCUUCAGUUGCUGAGUUUUUGCGGUUUCUGCAACAAAAUGAAAGCCGUUACUUCCGAAUUGAGGAUUACAGUGUGGCGACGGCAGAAUAUCAACGAAGAGCGAUGUGUUAAAUGCGCAUAUAACUAACUGUCACCGUUGU